AGGGCUUGCUCAAUCUCUUACCAUAAAGUCGGUUGAACACAAGGCGUGUUGUAGGAGGUGCAUCAAUCAUCUCAAAAGAAAAAAUAUGGGAGGUGGGACGAUGAAUGGUGGUGAUGUGCAUGCCAACACAAACACAGAGGCCUCACUGAAGAGGAGCGAGGUGGUGAUUGGACGUUGUGGUGUCCCGGAGGUGACGUUGAACUCUGGUCACAAGAUGCCGAUGUUGGCCACGGGGACGGCGUCGUUUCCUUUUCCUCCCAUUGAGGAUCUGAAGAAGGCAAUCUUGGACGCCAUGGAAGUGGGGUAUCGCCAUUUUGAUUCGGCCGCCUUGUACCAGAGCGAGGAAGGGUUGGGUGUUGCCGUUGCCGCCGCCCUGGAGAAGGGCCUGAUUAAGAGUCGGGACGAGCUGUUCAUCACUACCAAGCUCUGGUGCAACAACACUCAGCCUGAUCGUGUACUCCCUGCCAUCCAAGAAUCUCUCAGGAAACUAAAAUUGGAUUAUGUGGACUUGUAUUUGAUACAUUUCCCUGUGAGACUUAAGGAAGACAUACUUGACAUGACCUGCAAGAAGGAUGAAAUUUUCCCUCUGGAUAUCAAGUCUGUAUGGGAAGCCAUGGAAGAGGUACACAAGCUUGGCCUUGCAAAAUCCAUAGGAGUCAGCAACUUCACCUGCAAAAAACUAACUGAUCUACUUGCCCAUGCUAAGAUCCCUCCUGCUGUCAAUCAGGUUGAAAUGCACCCAGUUUGGCAGCAAAAGAAACUAAGGGACUUUUGCAAAGAGAAAGGAAUCCAUGUUAGUGCAUAUUCUCCCCUGGGAGCGAAGGAGUGGGGAUUUGAUGUGGUUCUUGGAAACGAGCUACUUAAUGAGAUUGCUCAAGCCAAGGGAAAAAGUGUGGCACAGAUUGCUUUGAGAUGGGGACAUGAACAAGGGGUAACUUUGAUACCAAAGAGCUUCAACAAGGGAAGGUUGAAGCAGAACUUUGAAAUAUUUGACUGGCAGCUGACUGAGGAAGAGUUGCAAAAAAUUGCCUCAAUACCACAGAAGAGAAUUGCAACCAUACCUGAAUUUGUGUUUCCUGAUGGUCCAUUUAAGACUUUUGAGGAAUUCUGGGAUGGAGAGAUGUGAAUUCUCCAUUAAAGCUGAAUUUCCUAGUUCCAUCCUUCAGUUUCAUGUUUUAUGUAAGCUUUGUGAGUUUAGUUCUAAUGGGUCCUUAUCUUAUGGAGUUAUGGCUUGACUUAAUACUUCGUUUUCUUGUCAGAAUGGAGAAUAUAAUAAAAUAAAAGCCAUACGGUGCAUUGCCUACUUCAUCAA